AUUGGGGGUCGUUUUUGUAGUGAUGAGUGCUGCCUGCCCUGUCCACUGACGGAACUGGUGUAUUCCGACUGUGAGUACAUCUCUCGAGAAACUGUUCAAGAUCAAGCUGAUAUUGUUUGCCUGAANGCGUUCCCUACACAUGAGCUAGCAGCUGGCUGGCUUAGUGUUGUCAGUCUGAUUAGCAGUGUAUUCCUGCUCCUGACCUACGCAGUUUUGGCUCCUGAGAAAAGUCAUCGUCACUAUCUCAGUAUAGGUCUUAUCGUCUCCAAUGUCAUCCUACAGUUGUCCAUCAUAGCUCCACUAGGAUCAAACCCUUCUAUGUGCUACGAUGCCAUCACGCCCAACGACAUGUACUCGGACUUGUCUUGUGCCUUCUCUGGAGCCAUGCUCCUGUGGGGANNGAGCAUGGCGUCCGUUUCUUGGGUCUUGUCGCGUGCACUAUGGACACAUCUAAGAGUAUGCUGGAACCGAUCGGAUACCCAAGUGUUCUUGGUAUCCUCUCAAGUCUUCUGCUGGGGUAUCCCCACAGUUCUUACAGCAGUCUGCAUGAAAUACACCGGUGUUUCGUACCGCCUAGCGAACGUCUGUCUACCCAACGACAAACAUACCUUCACAACUUACUUCGGAUGGAUGAUCGCCUUCGCCAGUCUGGCGUUCGUCUUACAGAUAGCGACCAGCAUCUACUGCCUCUACGUCUAUCUGAUGAAUUUGUGGAAGACUAGCUCAUCAUCACCUUCACAUAACACUGGCACCUCAAGCGAGCUUCCNUACGCACUCGAGCCCAUGCUUGCUGGCGAGUCGCCUUCAGACAAGCCUUGGAAGGCGACUCGCCAGCAAGCAUGGGCUCGAGUNAUCAUUCUGCAGUGGCGUAACAUUUUGCUGUGUAUGGGAGCCACCGCGGUUGUUGCCAUGCUCUCGGGUGUCUUUGUAUCGCUCAACACAUCCCUGGCCAGAGACAAGGCUCGUGGUUUCCGCGCAAAGGAGAUUGCGGGUUGGGCUGCUUGUCUCGUCAUCACACUGGACAAAAACCAGUGCUUGCCACUGGCCAAGCAACUUAGUAUCACAGAGGCUGCCGUAUCUGCGAGUUUGAUUAUCACCGCUGUAAGNUCGUACUCAUCUUGCCGUCCAUUGAUCCUGAUGCUAACAAUCCUUCUGCAGUUGACCGGUCUCAACACAUUCGCUCUUCUUAUGCGCUGGAGCACACUCGUGGCCUGGCAUGAGCUCUUACGUGGAUCGAGAAGGAGGAGGGACAGCGAGGACUUUUUGAACGCAGAGCCUAGGCGAAUCACCUUUGAUCAACCGCUGGAGUCGGAGACAAACAAGAACGAUCUCUCACCUCUUGUGAGUCCGGUUGAUAGCCCGACUUCAUCGUUCUUCCCUGGCCGAGAACCCGAGGACCACAAUCGCGACUCGCUUGGUGGGCAAUCCAUGCAGCACAGAUUGAACUCGGAUGUAUCAGCUGUUCAUCCGGGUAGAGUCUCUGUGUUCAUCGAGCAUCCGUUCGAGGAAAAACANAAAGGGCCGGAGCCUGGCAAAGCGCUAUGA